AUGAAGAGUAAUAAAAAUGCUAUUGGAGACAAUACAAGGAGUAAAACAAAAGAAUGUCAAAAGUAUAUAUUUGUUUCGAAAGAACAAAAUUACGUGUUCAUCGAUACUCCUGGUAUUGGUGAUACAGGUGGCAUUCAACGGGACAACGAAAAUUUGGCUCAUAUGUUCGAUACAGUCCAAGAAUUACAUGACAUAGCAGCUAUUCUACUCUUUUUGAAUGGUGCGCAAGGGCGUCAUACAACUAAUGUUAAAAGUGUAUUAACUCGAUUAGCAGAUCGCUUACCGAACAAUAUUUUGAAUAACGUUAUUGUUAUAUUAACAAAUUGUCAUAGUCAUUCCGUUAACUUUGAACCUGAAAAAAUUGGCUUGACAGAAAAAACUACUGCUUUCUGCAUGCAAAAUUCGGCAUUUUCAUCACAUCCGAACACAUGGGACCCUGAAACUCUGUGGGCAUUACAAAAAGAUUGGGAUGCAUCAAUGGUUGCCAUAAAAAAAUUAAUUUAUCUUUUUGGAAAUAUAUUACCAGUUUCAACGAGUACAUUGAACGACAUGCAACAAGAUCGCCAUCGUAUUAAAAGUAUUCUACAUGAGUCACGUGUCUUAAUUAGUCAAUUACAACAAUUUGAAGAUGAAUUAGAUGCACUUGAACGUGCUAUACAGAGAUAUGGUCAAAAUAGUGAAUACUAUAAAAACUUCGAAAGAGAUCGAGAAACGACUGUCAAACGCAUGAUUGAUGUUGAUUAUCGUAAUGCUUUGUGUUCUAAUUGUAAUGAGGUGUUGGGCAAUUACCAAUGGCAUAUGUAG